AUGAAGACACCUGCCGUGACGGAGGUGGAAAUUAUCUAUGACCGCGAGAGCGAGUCGCCCCUUCCUAAGAGUGUGAUUGAUUUGACGUUUACAAAGGAUGGGAAGAGGGAUCGGAAGGGCUCCGAGGUUCCGGUAUUAGGGGAUGGGCUUGAUCUUGAGGAUCCUAUGGUAUCGCAUUAUGCUGAUACUGGGGUCCAACUUGGCCAGGAUGAGAAGGCAGCCAUAGACCCUUCGAAUAUUUUGAAUGGAGCAGAUAGGUUGCGACAUAAACCUUUUACGUCGGAGAGGUGCGAGGAUGAAGGCCGGAAUGAGGAUGAUUUACCAAGUGAUAUUGGGGAUGGUGUCUCUGGGGGUUCUGCAUUACAGUUGAUCGAUGGUACAUGA